AUGUAUAUUAAACAUGUGUCUUUUCAGGAUCUAUCGCCGUCGUUGAUAGACGAUCAGGCACGGUCUUUGAAAGAAUCCAAUAAACCGAUAACGUACAAUAACCCGUUCAUUCAUGUUCCACCGCAGUUCAAUCCAUUAUAUAGUGAUCCAAGUGUGCGAGAGGGUUCUCAGAGUGAGAGUGUUUCGAACGAUAGUGGAGUGCACGAUUUCAGCAUGAAAAGGCCACAAUUAUCUACAGACCUGGGUUUCUGUUCUUCUCAACAAGACGUUGGACUAAGAAAUAUGCUAGGACCCACUUUAUCGAAUGACAAUUCAGAGUAUGGUUCUAUGAAUGGGCUCCGUAGAAGUAAGACCGGUAUGUCUUCUGUCUCUAGUGCGAGUACCUCGUUGACCAGAGCUGCUACUUCGUCAUCUGCUAAGUUACCACCUCCUCCAGCAGUGUCCAUAUUGAAGCGGGAUUCACUUGAUGAUCUGCAUCGUGAACAUUCACCUGAUGGGAUUGACUUGACAGUAAUUGAUCCUCAAAUGGAGAAAAGAAUUGAAAAGGUAACCACGUCAAAUACUCUGGAAAAUGCAGGCAACAAAUACGGAUCGGGAUACACUACGUCGGCAUUUGCAAAUUUAAACGAAUUAGAGGAUAAAUUGAUAAAGAAACAGGAGAAAAAAGCGGAACCAGAGAAAAGGAAGAAGUCUUACAUGGAUAUGACAGAUGAAGAAUUAGCUCAGUUGGAAAAACAGCUUCGGUCUGGUGGGAGGGAAACCAAUACAGAUUUGAACAGUUUUGAUUUCAGUCAACAGUAUAAGCUAUACAUCGGAAACACCGUUGUUAAACCUUCUCCCAGUAGCAAGUCGUCCGGAGCUGGUGGAAAACCCUCUGAUAUGACAUUAAAUUAUCCAUCACGCCCAUCAAUAACACAUAAGGCCAUUUCAAUUACAAAGGAACAUACAGACUACAGGAAGCGUUAUACGGAUACGAAUACUAGGACAGUUGUUUGUUUUUUGAACGGUAGGAGACAUACUUGGGCAACUGUUGAUUGGUUCAUCAAAGAAGCUGCUAGAGAUGGUGACCAUUUGGUUGUUGCAACCAAUCUACCAAUGUAUGAAGAGUUGAUUAACAUGUUGAAAAAGAAUGAAUCUUCCGAAACUGGAAGCACUAAAACAAAGUUGGAAGAAUUCACGUUCGAUGGUAAAAUUAAAAACAAAACACCAAGUGCAGUUGUACAGUUACCAUUCCGCCAAGUGGGUAUGAUAAUCAACGAAUUGGAUCAACUUACAAGAUAUAAAUGUGAAAAUAUGUUAAACUACUAUGCAGCGAAAUGUCAGGACAAGGUUAUGAAAAUAACUAUAGAAUUGGUGAAAGAACUGUCCGCAAAACCGCUUGUCACACAUGUUAUGGAUCUUUACAGGCCAAAUUUCCAUGUUGUUUCCACAAUUUCGACUAACUUAAGCAUCAAGUUCAGGAAUGGGAACGUUAAAUUGCCCAAUUUCCUUUAUAGACAUCUUUGGGUUCCUACUGUUAUAAUUCCCUUUGAGUUUAUCGAUCCAUAUCAUCUUGGUGAAGCCAAGAAACCGAUGCAUAAGACUGUUUCGAUUUCCACAAAAGAUGAUCAAUUUGCAUUCCUCGAUAGAUGUAUCAUCAAAUCCCUGAACGAUGUUUUGGGUACUAGCUCUAAGAAUGACCACACACCUAGGGGCAUUGAAGACGUUUAUGAACAUGGAAAUGACGAUAUGGUUAGUAUAGACAGUGAGGCAGAUAAAGGAAUUACAGACUAUUUCCCCACGUCGCCCGAAGCGCAACGGAGGAAGCAACACAUAGAAAGAUUGGGAUACGUUCCACCAGAGCCAACUAGGUUCAAGAAUAACAGUUUUGGUCCAGUAGCUUCCAGAAACUCGACUAUGAGUAGUAGACGGUCAUCUAGAGUUUAUUUUGCCGAUGAGCCAGGAAUGUAUAAAGUGAAAUCAUUAUUGGGAGGCGAUGACGAUUCUUCGAGCAUAGUUAGAAGAGUCAAGAGCGAGAAACUGCCAUCCGUCUCCAGCCCAAAACGGCCUUCUACAUCAUACUCGUAUAGUGCAAAAGUACAUCCGACCUCUACAACAAACGGGAAAGGAACAAAUAGAAAAUCCAAUUCUGGACUGAAGACUGCUACAAGUGGAAAAUCAUCGAUCUCAUCAGCACACCAAUUACAUUCCGCUACAAAUGGUUCAAGUGCAAGCGCUCAAACUCAAACCAAAUCAAAAUCAAAAUCCAAGCUUGGUGGCAUGUUCAGGAAAAUGUUUGGCGUCAAGAGCAACGCUGCCUAA